CCACGUUGUUCCUGCGUUGUCACCCGGCAGCAUGCCACGUCUGGGUCCCGCAUGUCUGACUUGCCGAGAAAAAUGUCGCAAAUGCGACCGCGCUCGUCCGGCGUGCAAUCGCUGCAUUACUAAAGGCUUAGACUGUGGAGGAUACCCCGAACAGUUCCGAUUUUGUGGCAUCGCCAGCCGUGGGAAAUGGAAAGGCGCCCAGCUUCCGGUAGGAGGUCGAUCAGCGAGGGCAAGCUCGAGCCGAGUGGCUCGCCAGCCGGCUCAGGAUUCACCAACCACGGAGUUGCUGUCGGCGGACACCCCCAAGUCUGCGGAGUUAACGCAGGCGAGUCCGACCUUAGUGAAACCCAUCGAGAGUCCGGAGAAUCCGUCGGAUGAAAUUGUUCGCAUCCUGGGUCUGGCCGAGACCGAGACCCUUCUCUCACACUAUGACAGCUUUAUUUGUCCGCAUCAGAUCUCCGAAAUUGGGGAUGACAUGGAUAACCCCUACCGAUCUUACAUUCUCCCACUGGCGCGACAGCAAAUUGGAUUGUUGUACGCCGUGCUAGGCCUGUCUGCAUCGCAUCUCGGGAAGUUGACUGACAAUGCCACGCUCCAUGACACUACCGCCGUCGAGUAUCGCCUAAGAGCCAUCCGUGCGUUAAGUAAGGAGAUCCGGCGGAGUCAAAGCGAAACCCUGUUGGAGGUUGAACAGGAUGCCGUGCUUGCUAUAAUCCAGAUCCUGCUGCUUCAUGAUAUUUCGGAAACCGGGGUGUCCACUCACGGAAUUCAUAUUACAGGGGCUAUGUCCGUCUGCAAGAGGUUGUUGAUUGCCGACGGGCUGAGUGGAAAUCGCCAACGGGCGGUUUUCUUCUUGGGGAACCUUGCUUGGCUUGAUAUCAUACGGGCCUUUGCCGGUGCCGAGCGAUUAUGCUUUUCUCAAGACAUUCGAGAAAUGGUGGCAUUUGCUAGCGACCGGAAAUUCGAGUUGGUGAAUGGAUGCCCCAGGGAUAUCUUCCUGAUUAUCGGGGGUGUUCUUGAGAAAGCCAAGGAGUACACGCUAGGGUGGCUCACCUGGGAUGAGUUCCAAAUCGCUUUGCUUCUGGCAAAGCAUAAACUAUAUUCUUGGGACCAAAAGAGCUUUGCGGUCCCCACUGCUGAUCCCCGCUGGCCUACGGUGGCGGAAGUAUUUCGGUUUGCAUGUAUAUUGCGGAUCCUUCGACUGCUGGAUCCGUAUCAACCGGCUAGCGCUCCCGAGAUACAGGAUUGCGUGACAAAGAUUUUGGAUGCUACAGCCAAAGUUCCCGCCGAUUGCUCGAUCAUAGAGCUUUUGAUCAUGCCUCUUUUCAUGGCUGGUGCCGAUACUCUCGUGCCUCAUUCACAGUAUUAUGUGAUGAGUCGGCUAAACGAAAUUGAAAGGCGAUCUGAGUUCCGAAACCCGGUCCCAAUGGACCUGCUCAGAAAGGUGUGGGAUGCUCGAGCGAUCCAAUCUCCUGAUGAUGAGAGAAACAUAUCUUGGAUGGAAUUCGUUAGUUCUUUUACCAUGUUCUGCGGUCCCUGAUCGGACGUGCUGAUAUAAUACAGACUCAUUCGCCUGAAUUGGCGCGACAACAUGACUAUCUCAUCAUAUGAAAACAGCUCCUCUAAGAGGCCAAUAGCUAUCGUCUAUUCAGCAUAUAUACCAGUUCUGCUUAGCAAGAGGUUGCUGGUUGAAUGGUCAAAUAUGUGCCAUGCGAAACACGUUUUUUGUGACCCAGAGACCCUGGACACCUUAAUCGAAAGUGCCCAAAGACAAGCCGUUUCACCGACAUGGUGAAGUGGGCUGUCUGCCUUCAUCGGCUGUAUAAAAACACAUCACGUGCCCGAUGCCCUCCAAGGCGCUGUUUUCUCAAAGUUUUCAUUCGUGAAUGAACAGACAUACCGGCAAAGAAUCCCCUUGGUGUACAGGCUUUGGUUGAGUGACGAUGAGAAACCAAAACCUAGAGGGUCGACUUGCUAGUCAAGGGUUAAAGCCGACGGCGAUGGAGUACUGCAUCGAAUCGU